UGCAACUGUUGAAAUUAGUGUUUGUACUUGACAUUGCAAAAAUCCCUCGGAUGUUGAAGUGCUUAGAGCACCACCUCUAUCCUUUUUUUCAACGAUAGACAUUUAUGCAGAAGUCACACUAUCAAAGAUAGUGGAUAGCUUUACGUUACUGUAGCUGUUGUCAGGUUACUCCUGAGGAUAAACAAUUUGCAAGACACUGGCAGCAUUUCCGAGGAAUAACAAAAUGCUGUGGAUGUAUUUGUGCUUGAGUGUUGUCAUCAACAUUGCUGUGUCCCAGGAGGUUGAAGAACCUGUCACAUACACGUGCACCGAUGGCUAUGAGUUUGAUGUUGACCGACAAGAAUGCAAAGACAUCAACGAGUGCGUGACAGUGCCUGACGCCUGCAAAGGUGGCAUGAGAUGCAUCAACCACUUUGGUGGGUACUUCUGCCUGCCCCAGAAUGCCCAGAUCAUCGUCAGCAAUGGAGAGGAUGAACCUGCGGCUGCGAUGGAUGAUGUGCGCGACCUGCCGUCGCCUCCUGUGGAGGCUCCAGCCUUACCAAUUCAGAGGGUCAUACCGAUUGGUAGCGGAAGCCGAGGGGGCACUGGAUACAGUGUUGGAGCCGGCGCUGCUCUCUCUCCACCAGUGCAAUGUGCUAUGGGCUUCAUGGCUGAUGAGACCAAUUACUGCAGAGAUGUCAACGAGUGUGAGGAUAGCAAUCCAUGCCAGCACCAGUGCUACAAUAUCAUGGGCUCCUUUAUCUGCCAAUGUGAACAAGGCUAUGAGUUAGUGUCAGACCAAGUAUCAUGCCAAGAUAUCGAUGAGUGUGCUUUCUCCAGCUACAUGUGCCAGUGGCAGUGUGUAAACCAGCCUGGAGGGUAUGUCUGUGCCUGUCCUGAGGGAUACCAACUCCAAGGCACCCGAGUAUGCCAAGACAUAAAUGAGUGUGAUACAGGACACAACUGCAGAGAAGAUGAGAUGUGCUGGAACUACUUUGGAGGCUUCCGGUGCUACCCUAGAAACCCCUGCCAUGAACCUUACGUGCAGACAGGAGAAGGUCGUUGCAGCUGCCAGUCACCAUCCAUCUGCCGGGGACUUCCACCAUCCAUUGUGUACAAAUACAUGAGCAUCACCUCAGAACGCUCCGUACCAGCAGACAUCUUCCAGAUCCAGGCCACCAGCGUCUACCCCAACAUGCACAAUAACUUCAGGAUCAAGUCUGGCAACGAGGGAGGAGAAUUCUUCCUCAGGCGCUCCAACAACGUCAGUGCCAUGCUAGUGAUGACAAAGCCACUGACUGGUCCAAGGGAGCACGUUGUAGAUCUGGAGAUGGUCACCCAGAACAACGUCCUUAACUACCGCUCCAGUUCUCUAUUGCGGCUUACCAUCAUCGUUGGACCCUAUGCUUUCUAAGACAUUUUUUGUAUUCAUUAAGUAGCCUACUGAUAUCAUAUCAGCUUACUCUACUGAUCAAGAUCAAAAUAGAAAGGGCUGAAUCUCAAUAAAUUCACCUUAUCAUUACUAAAUGAUUAGAGCACAGCUAAAUAAUUGUAAAGCAAUGUUUUGUAUUGCUUUUUCUUAGCUUUCUAAAGAUAUCAAUUUUGAUAAACCUUUUGAUUUACUAUUAAUUGGCGAAUUAUCUGUUUGUAUUUUCUAACACAACACUUACAGUGUAACCAAACACAGAAACAUAUUUUUCCAGAUUUGAUUUGUUGGAAAAUUCUGGCUCUUUUUGCCCCUUGUGGUUAAAAACGUUUGAAGAAUUGUGUGAGGUAUGACUACUUUUUGGAGGUACUCUGACGUAUCACAGGGUAUGGCUACCAUAAGAUGUUCUAGCGGGUAACACUUCUAAGAUAACGCAAAAUACAGGUGACUGUGCAGCAAUAAUGUGGGAGUUUGAGAAUAAUACAACCACUAGGGUGGUUUAGUUAGUCUGCUAAGUGCUUUUUGUAGAUUUACCAAUUAUUAUAUGCAUCCUAAAAUUUGAAUGAAUUUUUCAACAUUUAUUAGAACUGUAGAAUUGUACAUGUGUGUUCAGUGUUGUAGAUUUAGGCAUCUCUAAAAACAAUGAAGUGUCAAGUUUUGGCAAUAUUGUGCUUGGUUCCACAACCCCCCCCCCCCCCCCCCCCCCACACACACACACACACACAUAAAUGGUUACCUCUGAGCCAAGAGUGAUGAUGUGGGUAAAUUACAGGUUUAGCCAAUCCAAUUCUAAUCUCCUUUUGGACAAAGGUCUGUAAUUAGAUUUUGGAUGGGUAAAUGCUGGGCUGAGACGUGUUAGAUGUGUAAGUGCUGGAGCCGUAGUUGAGUCUCUGCAGGCCUAAAGCUCUGGCUUGUAUCUAAUAGAGAUAUCAUACAUGUCUGUUCAUACUUCCUAACUUCUUGACCCUUGAGGUAACCUACACAUGUUUUCAUUUGAACUGUCCUAUGUGUAAAUUUGCUUUGAUGGAUUAUCUGAGUUGAAAUCGGGUGAUAUUUGUACUUGAAAAUGUGUGUCUUUGGGUCUUUGGGAAUGAACGAUUAGAUUAGCUUGAAGUGAAAACCAACACACGUGUACAGAAAAUACUAGAGUAAGGAUUUGAUUUAGCACAUCACUGACUAACAAUAACAUUACUAAAAUAUACUUUAUGCUUUCUUUGUUGCUACACACAUACAUCAAUACAGAAUAAGACAACACAAAUUUUCUUUAAAUAGUCCAAUUGGAUUUGUUUUCUUGUUUUUGGUUUUGAUUUUGAGAAUUGUGAAAUGCUUCAGAUGUUAAGUUUCAAAGUAAUAAGAAAAUUGAAUGUUUUUGAAUCCAUUCGAGUGUUGCUCAGCAACCUCUGUCCAAUGGGAAUAAAGCAAUCAUUCCUCAGA